AUGUUCAUGCCUUUCUUGGGGUUUUUGGUCCGACCUGCGGAAAAGUUCGACUUCAGCUGGGCUGGCCCGAAUCUGAACCUCGGGGCAGUUCGACGUCGGCCCCCUUUUACGGAGCCGUCACCAGUUGGUAUCCAGAACCUGUGCCAGGAAAAGGAGCGAGUUGAUGAGCUGACAAGAAGCUGCGAUUACGUAAAUAUGUUGAAUGUGAUCUUGAGAAGGACACCAUGUGCAAGAGGAAGGUUGGCAGGCGAAAUAUUUAAGUACUUCCUCUCCGCGUGGUGGUACGUAACUGUUUACCACUGCUGCCACCAAACCACCAACCAGCUGAGCAACAUGUUCGAAUUCUUGCAGCAGAACUCCAUCCCCUACCAGUCCAUCAUCCUUGCCCUCUCUGGGGGCGUAUUCGCAUUCGAGCAGUAUCUCAAUAUCCGCCAGCUGCCCCACCUCAAGCUCAAAGUGCCCCCGCCUUCGAUUGCCCCCUAUCUCGUCGCUGCAGAUGGUCCCAAGCCCGAGGCCGACAAGAAGGACGGUCCGAAAGGCGGGGAUGCCGAAAAGCCUUCGACGCAGGAGACCUUCAUGAAAUCACAGGCGUAUGCCCUCGACAAGGUCAAGUUCUCGAUGGUCGCUGGCUUCAUCGACCAGCUCGAAACAUGGGCCCUGCUCUCCCCACUGGUGGCCGUCUACUUCGGCGCUGAUGGUACUAAGCCGGCGAGUGGGAUCGCCAGUCUGUGGUACCUGGCAAUCGACCUCUGCCAGAAAUCGUCCCAAAUCGCCCCGAACUUCCUCAACAUCGGCACCGGGGAGAUCGCCACCUCCUUGUUCUUCGUCAGCCUGCUCACACUCUCCGGAAUGAUCACCUCGGUCCCCUCAAGCCUCUACAAGACCUUCGUCUUGGAAGAAAAGCACGGCUUCAACAAACAGACUCUCGGACUCUGGAUCACCGAUUACAUCAAGACUACCCUCUUGUCCGCCCUCCUCGGUCUGCCGCUCAUUGCGGCCUUCCUCUGGACCGUCCGAUGGGCUGGGGAAUCGUUUGUGCAAUAUGUAAUGAUGCUUGUGAUGGGUCUAGUACUGUUUAUGUACGUCGGAUAUCCGUAUUUGAUUGCGCCUUUGUUCAACAAGUUUCGACACUUGAGCGAAUUCCCAGAGUACCAAGAGGUCAAGACCCGCACGGAGGCUUUGGCCAAACGAAUCAACUUUCCACUUGGAAGACUCUGGGUCAUCGACGGAUCUAAAAGAAGUGCCCAUUCAAAUGCAUUCUUUUUUGGUUUACCCGGGUUCACCAAACACAUUGUACUUUACGAUACAUUGUUGAAGCAAAGUACUCCUGCAGAAGUAGAGGCCGUACUUGCCCAUGAGCUUGGACACUGGAAGCUGAACCACACCGUACUACUACUCGGCUCGUCCCAGAUUCAGAUCGCCCUUAGCCUGUCGACAUUCCGGUUCUUCAUCUGGAAUGCAGCGCUCUUCUACUCCUUUGGCGUCCCAGCGCUGGCCGGUGCAGAGAAGUACCCGCUGAUCAUCGGCUUCAUCCUUGCACAGAGCCUGUUCACCCCUUUGAACUCGCUCCUCUCCUUCACCUCGAACGCCCUCAGUCGCAAGCUUGAGUUCCAGGCCGACCAGUUCGCCGCCGACCUUGGCGGUGAUUACGCUCAAGAUCUUAAAUGGGCUCUGGUUCGCAUCAGCGCUGAGAACAAAGCUACCACCAGCUGCGAUUGGCUAUAUUCCGCUUUUCAUCACUCCCACCCUACUCUGCCCGAAAGACUGGGCCGGCUGAGUGUCGAGACUCCCACAAAUAAGAAGACGAAAUAG